GUCGAGUCCAAAGAACAACCGCCUUACGAACCAGAGUCUGCCAAUUCAACAGCGUUGUUCAGGGAAGCAAAUGACAAAUCCAGGAUCUGGACCUUUUUGAUUCUUUCAGCUCGAAUGUUCCCGGUAGGCGGGCAUUCUUCAAGCGGGCGGUCCCUCAAGAAUGAACAUGCCAACCCUGAUAAAUUGAGCAUGCACAUUCCCAACGGCUCGCGUCGGCCAAUUGGAAUCUCUGGCAGUACCCGCGACCAAUGCAGCUGGGGAACCGCCACGUGCUUGAAGGAGGAGAGGAAGUUGGGAUCAUUGCUGUCUCCCAAAGAUGAUGUAUACCGGCCAUCUCAAGGAAUGAUGAAUGCACGGCGGUUGGGAUCCUUUAAGUUAUCGCUCAUGUCGUCUACGAGCGGGCAAUUCCCCUCAUGGUUAUCAUGCUGCAAUAUUCAUCAAAUAAGCUUUGUCGCAAACAAUUUUAGUAGAGAGGCAGAUCAUCUUUCACCAUGGGUCGCUUGGUGAACUACUUCCCCACGAUAACAGCGUUUAUCGCUUUUAUCCUCACUUUAUUAUGUCUCUUCGCGGGCACACAAUUGACGGUGCUCCCAGGUGUCGAUAUAUUCACGAUUCUUUCUUCAGAACAGAGCCGGAAUACGGGGAUACAUGACUUCUACUCCAUUUAUGUGAUGUCGUAUUGCGAAGGAGAUCUCAUGGCAGGCAACAGACGUUUUUCAAAUUGCUCCAAAGCCACGUUGCCCUUUGCCUUUAAUCCCUCCGUGGUGUUGUUGAAUGAAACCGGUAACACCACUUCACUUUCGAACCUGGGAUGGCCCGAUGCCGUUACAGAUGAUUUCCAUGCGUUCAGCAUGACCAGCCGGAGUAUAGGGAUUUUUUACUGCAUCGGAGCCGGGGCUGCAGGCUUGGCGAUAGUGGGCAGAUUGUAUUGGCUGGUUCGGCGCGGACCACGGCAGUCCGUCAUGGAAUUAGCGGCAUUACUGCUGGGGUUUAUCAUGCUCGGAAUCUCCUCGAUUAUUGCGACGGUUAUCGCGUUUCAAUUUGUCGAUCUCGUCAAUGACCAUGGCCGCGAUAUGGGUGUGAGUGCCGAGUACGGACCCCAAUUUUUGGGAAUGACUUGGGCCGCCACUGGGUUGAUGUUGACGGGAGGCAUCACCAGUUUAUUGACGGUGCUGGUCGACCGGAGCCGAGCAGAGACAGGCACCCUUGCAGGUGACUGUGAUGAUCAAGCUAAGUCCCUCAUGCACUCGGACUAUGAAUCGGUCAAAUCCAGUGCGGAACCAUCUCCCGGGGUGGAGACGGAAAAGGAGGGAAAUCAGUGA